GAAGAAGAAGCGAGGGGAGGGACCUGAGCAGAGACAGCGUCCCGUGGAUAGAGUUAACGUUACGGUUAUAGCUAUAAUUUCUGUAUUAAAUAACGUUGCAUUGAUGACAAUCUAAUUGCUUUAUUGUUUAAAUACAAGGAUUUGCCUCUGUUAAUAUCAGGAUGGCUGAGCCAAGCGCUAGAUACCAGCAGCUGCCCAAUGAAGAGGAGGCUCUCCAGGUGGCAGCUGAAGCCCCACCCCCUUACAGCAGCAUUGCAGCAGAUAAUGCAGCUUAUUUUGACUACAAAGAGGAUGGGGGGUUCCCCAAGCCACCAUCAUACAACGUGGCCACAACGCUCCCUUCUUAUGACGAGGCAGAGAGAACCAAGGCUGAAGCCCAUGUUCCCUUGGUGGCUGGAAGGGAUGACGACUUUGCAGCCAGGGAAGACUUUGAGGAUGCAGACCAGCUACAGAUAGGGAACGAUGGGAUUUUCAUGUUGACCUUUUUUAUGGCAUUCCUCUUCAACUGGAUUGGUUUCUUCCUGUCCUUCUGUCUGACCACCUCAGCAGCAGGCCGCUACGGGGCCAUAUCUGGCUUCGGCCUGUCACUCAUCAAGUGGAUCCUCAUCGUCCGGUUCUCCAGCUACUUCCCCGGGUACUUUGAUGGGCAGUACUGGCUGUGGUGGGUGUUCCUGGUAAUGGGAUUCCUGCUCUUCCUCAGAGGAUUCAUCAACUACGUCAAGAUACGCAAAAUGGCUGACUCAUUUUCUACUCUCCCGCGAACCAGAGUCCUUUUCAUUUACUAAAAGUGGAAAGCCGACCUCUAUAGAGAAGUUUGCUCUGGCUUCUAAACUCCAUCACGGGAGGCUGAGAAUUGUUUUGCUGCAGUUGAAUCGGACGAUACUCUGUCUCUUGAUGUAAACUGGUGGAUGCUGACAAUUCUGUAACUAUUCAAUCAUUAGUGGUUUAUGUCAAGUGCUAUUUGCAAUCAAGUCUGUGAUGUAUAAAUAAUGCCUUACAUAUUAUUAUUAUUAUCUGUUUAUAGCAAUGGUAUGUGCUGUGCCCCUUUUAGCCAAUAGGGGGCAGUCUUUGUCUUUGUCUGUCCUCUUUCAAUGUGUUUCAUAUGGUGACUGCUCAGCUGUAUGCUGACCCUUUGAGUCAAAUUUAUCGAACGAAGUGCUUUUUUUCCUCGAUGUAUAUGAUAAUGAAAUUAAAGUCUGUCUUAAGAUGUUA